CAACCAUUUCGAUCAUGCCCUCCUUUUUUUCAAAUCCAGCCCAUCCCACAUGCUCCGUUUUCCCCCUAAACUCAACCGACAAUCUUGAUUUUGGCCAGCUCUUUGCAACAAAUGGAAGUAGUUGAACGUUCAACAUCGUACACAUCACGAUAAGACAUGGUCCAUUGUCAAAACAAGAAUCUAAAAUCUCAUUCUUGGAAAAUUCGAAGUUGAAAAGUCCAUGUCACCGCAAAACCUUGAUAAAACUUUAGCUUCAAUUGCAGUUCACCUUCUCUUUCUCUUCAAACAAUGGCUACCCAUUUUGCCCUUUUCGCUAUUACCAUGACUCUGCUGAUCACCGUCGCCGUUGGUGAAAUCCGAUCCACCCAGAUUAGAUCCGAUUCACGUUCUACAAUCCCGUUUGAUGAAUUUGGGUACACCCAUGUCGGCCGUCUGAACCUCACCGUCACCGACAUCUCUUUCUCCGCCCAGAAAACCCCUCUUUCGCAAUUAGGGUUCUUCCUCUGUACCCUAGACGCGUGGGUACGCGUCCUCGAACAACUCCAAGAAGGCGAAAUUCAGUGUCCACUUGAAUCCAAUCUCAUCAAAAAGGUCUUCACUUUCGACCAAUUACAACCGUCGGCGCGUGAAUUCAUCACCUCCGUCAUUUUUUCCGAUGCCAAUCAAUUCACUCUUGCGUUCGCCAAUUGUAUGCCCAAUUUGGAAGUUACCAUGAAUGUACACUCUGUUAUGUACAAUUACAACCCUAAAACUGGGCAGCUUGAUUUUCUAUCAGCAGGCAAAUCUGCACUUCCGGUGAUAUACUUAUUGUUUUUCGUAAUCUAUGUGUUGUUAGGGGCUGUUUGGAUUUACACCCUUUACAGGAAAAGAUUAACUGUUUAUAAAGUUCAUUUCUUUAUGCUUGCGGUCUUGAUAUUAAAGGCAUUGGAUUUGUUAUGUGAAGCUGAAGAUAAAUCGUAUAUUAAGAGAACAGGAACUGCUCAUGGAUGGGAUGUUUUGUUUUAUAUAUUUAGUUUCUUGAAGGGGAUUACUCUAUUUACCUUGAUAGUUUUGAUUGGAACUGGUUGGUCAUUUGUGAAGCCUUAUUUGCAAGAUAAAGAAAAAAAGGUUUUGAUGGUUGUCAUUCCAUUGCAAGUUGUGGCCAAUGUUGCUCAAGUUGUGAUUGAUGAAACUGGCCCGUUUGGCGAGAGUUCGUAUACGUGGAAGCAGGUUUUCCUGCUUGUAGAUAUUGUGUGUUGUUGUGCUGUGUUAUUUCCUAUUGUGUGGUCGAUUAAGAACUUGCGUGAAGCAGCCAAGACUGAUGGAAAAGCUGCUGUGAAUUUGAUGAAGCUGACAUUGUUCAGGCAGUAUUACAUUAUUGUGAUAUGUUACAUAUACUUCACGAGAGUUGUCGUUUAUGGUUUGGAGACCAUUACCUCCUAUCGGUAUCAGUGGACGGGUGUGGUGGCUGCUGAAGUGGCUACACUUGCCUUCUAUGUCUUUACUGGGUAUAACUUUAGACCUAAAGUGCAUAACCCCUAUUUUGCAAUUGAUGAUGAAGAGGAAGAAGCUGCUUCAGAGGCACUCAAACUUGAAGAAGAAUUUGAAUUGUGAUCACCAUUGUAAGUAGCUGGCUUCAUGUAUGAGCCAAAAGAUGAAUGGUUGCACAGAUAAAGGUUGGUUGCCAGUAGCAUGCAAGGCCUAUGAACUUUAGUCUUGUAAAUGCUUUCUGCGCGAGGCUGCAAGCUCUGCUUUUUAAUUGGACAUUAUUCUUUUUCCCCCCUCACUGGUUUUGCUGAUAAAAUCAUGAGACUUUAGGAUAUUCUUAUGCUGAAAUGAAGAGUUUAUUGAUAACAUAAGAACAUUUCAUAGUCGAAGCUGAACAAAAAGUUACAGCUCCAGUAGCAUUACUAUACAACAAAGGUGAAGUAAAGGAUGGAGGGUUAUUUAGAAUUUGAAGUUUGAACUACUACGUAGAGGAGAAAAUUGAUCCCUUGUCCUUUAGGUAAAUAACUCCACAUCCAACCAAGUAUGUAUGUAUAUAUAUAU